UCAUUGAAUACAAUAUAAACAGUCGCUAUCCGACCAACGUCCGUGAUACACGUUUCGGAGAGAAACAAUGACAUAAAUUAAUUGUAUCAUUAACGAUUAUAAUUAACGAAAAAAAUUUUUGUUUAGUGUCUAUAUUUUGUGCCGUACAAUUAACUAAGAUGCAGUGGGUUCUACUAGCUGUUUUAUCCUUGUCUGUGGCAUACGCCUCAAACCUACCACCGUCGUGCAGCAAGCCAGUGUAUUGCAACAGCAAACUCUUGCAUUAUGUUCAGAUGUCAAACAUCUAUCCAGACUCCAAAACGUUUGUUGACCUUCGAAUGAGAAAUGAUGAAAACAGCACUCUUGCCGCUUUCGAUGAUUUACUCACGGAAACCAAUAACAACCCUACUAAAGAACAGAUUCAAACAUUUGUAAACAAGUAUUUUGAUGCGACAAGCGAACUCGAGAAUUGGACUCCUCCUGACUUCAACCCAGAGCCAGCUUUUCUUGCAACUAUUCGAGAUGAUAAAUUGAGACAAUUUGGAAAAGAUAUCAACAAUAUCUGGCCUACUCUUGGUAGAAAAGUCAAAGCUGAAGUCCUCGAAAAUCCUGACAGGUUUAGUCUUAUACCUGUUGAUAAUGGUUUUAUUAUACCCGGAGGAAGAUUUAGGGAACUUUAUUAUUGGGACACAUAUUGGAUUAUUGAAGGUCUUCUUAUAAGUGGAAUGAAAGAAACGGUCAAGGGAGUUAUUGGUAACCUCAUCGAAUUGUUAAAGACUAUUGGACACGUACCAAAUGGAAGUAGGUGGUAUUACCAAGAACGAAGUCAGCCACCAUUAUUGACGCCAAUGAUGGCCCUUUACAUUCGAAAAACAAAAGAUAUGAGUUUUCUUAAAGAAAAUAUCGAUUCUCUUGAAAAAGAACUAGAAUAUUGGUUGAAAACGCAAGCUAUUACAUUUGAUAUAAACGAUAAAGUUUACACACUGCUUAAGUAUUACGCGCCUAGUGAGGGUCCACGCCCAGAGUCAUAUUAUGAAGAUUAUACUGACGCCCAGGCUUUUGAAACACCGGAACGUCAAAGUCAAUUUUAUAUUGAUAUAAAAAGCGCUGCUGAGAGUGGUUGGGAUUUUUCCACUCGUUGGUUCAUUAAUAAUGAAGGAAAUAAUAAUGGCAAUUUGACGACUAUUCGUGCUAGUGAAAUCAUUCCUGUCGAUUUGAAUUCCAUAUUUGCAAAUGCUCUUCAAAACGUAGCCAAUUUCCAAGCUCUUCUGCGGAAUCGUCGUAAAAGCUCACACUGGGCGUAUCUUGCUAAGCAAUGGCGUAGUACUAUUAAAGAAGUUUUAUGGAAUAAUGAUGAUGGAAUUUGGUACGAUUGGGAUUUAAUAAACAACCGACACCGCAAGUAUUUUUAUCCGAGUAAUGUAGCACCAUUAUGGAUGAGUGUAGUUGACAAACGUUUCGCCAGAACAAAUGCCCCUAAAAUUCUCCGAUGGCUUAAAGAGUCACAUGGUCUUGAUUACCCUGGUGGUAUUCCCACUUCAUUAAUAAGAAGUGGAGAACAAUGGGACUUUCCUAACGCAUGGCCUCCUCUAGUUAGCGUUGUAGUAAAUUCGUUGGAGGCAUUAAACACCAAAGAUUCUGUUCAACUGGCUUUCGAAGUUGCUCAAAAUUGGAUUCGGGCGUGUCACACUGGAUUUUCUGCUAGUAAACAAAUGUUCGAGAAAUACGAUGCCGAAAUACCAGGAAGAGUCGGUGGUGGUGGAGAAUACACUGUACAGACUGGUUUUGGCUGGUCUAAUGGUGUAGUUUUAGAGUUUCUAGGAAAAUAUGGUCGUAAAAUGACUUUGAAUGAUACAACAGAUGAUUUGCUUACAGUAAUUCCAUCUAAUGCUGCAACAUCAGGGAACACGGGCUCUAAAGUUGUUGAAAAUGAAAAGAGUGUUACGGAGAGCAAAGAUGAGGAUUAAUAAGUAUGCCUAAUACAGUAUGAAUUAUAGCAAAAAAUCAAGGCAAGCUUUAUCAAUUCUGUUUAUAUAUUUUAUAUUUGAAAUAAAUAAUAAAAUUUUAUGCUGAAUAUACAAAAAUAAAAGAAGUUACCAGUUACGUAAUAAAUAUAUUUUAAGAACGGUCGCGUGCCAUUUAAAAAAAGCACAAACUAUUUUUUAUUCCUAUUAAAUAAUAAUAAAUGUAUAAAUAGAAUAUUAUGUACAUAUAUUUAUAAAACUAGCUUUCCUAUACAAUAAUUAUAAAUAAGUAUUUUUGUUUAUUUUAGUCAAUGUGAAAGUAAUGAGUGUGAUUACAAAUUUAAAAUAUACGCCUAAUUUGAAAGGCAUUUACUAUAUAUAAGCAAAUUUUGUUACUGAUAAAUCAUUAGCUUUUAAACUAGGAAUAAUAGUUAAGGUCUUGAUCAAAUCAUUAUUUUU